AUGCCAAUUUCAACUCAAUAUAUAAAACAACAACAACAUCCAAACAAAUAUUCAAAAUUUCAUGAUUAUUAUCCAAACAAUGAUAAUGAUGAUGCUGCUGCUGAUUCACUAUCAAAAUCGAUCUAUCCAAUUCAUCAAAAUUUUGAAUUCAUUCAUUCCGAACAAAAGAAUUAUAAACCACCAUCCUGUGUAAAAGAGGAAACUCCAAAGAAUGUAAAGAAUGGAAAUGUUGAGAAUCUCAGUGACGAGGAGAUCAUUUCAAUGGUAGAUAGAGGAGAGAUCCAACCACACAACCUCGAGGUUCGUCUUCCAAAUAACUUUACUCGUGCAGUUGGUAUCCGUCGUAAAUUGUUGGCACGUGAUCUCGGAAAGGAGCACCAACGUGCUCUCCACGCACAAGCAGUUGUCGCCGCCGCCGAAAAGGCUGCCACCUCUGGUGAAGACCCAGCCAGCAUUCCCACCGUCGUCCCACCACCAUCCGAUAUCGAUUUCAAUCGUUCCAUCUCCAACUUGCCAUUGGAUCACUACGAUUACACCAAGGUUUUGGGUGCCUGUUGCGAGAAUAUCAUCGGUUACAUUCCAAUUCCAGUCGGUGUUGCCGGACCGUUGUUGUUGGACGGUAAGCUCGUCUCCAUCCCAAUGGCCACUACCGAAGGUUGUUUGGUUGCCAGUACUCACCGUGGUUGCAAAGCCAUCACCAAGUCGGGUGGUGCCCGUUCGGUCAUCCUCCAGAACGGUAUGACCAGAGCACCAGUCUGUCGUUUCCCAUCGGUUGUCCGUGCCGCCGAGUUGAAGUCAUGGAUUGAAAACCAAGAAAACUUCUACCAAAUCGCUUCCGCCUUCAAUUCGACCUCGCGUUUCGCCCGUCUCAAGAGUAUCAAGGUUGUUAUCGCCGGUCGUCUCGUCUACUUGCGUUUCAAGUCGAGCACAGGUGACGCUAUGGGUAUGAACAUGGUCAGCAAAGGUGUAGAGAAAGCCCUCGAGGUGAUUGGAGAAUACUUCCCAGAGAUGGAAGUCCUUUCACUUUCUGGAAAUCUCUGUACCGACAAGAAACCAUCGGCUAUCAACUGGUUGGAGGGUCGUGGAAAGAGUGUCGUCUGUGAGGCCACCAUCUCUGGUGACAUUGUCCGUGACGUACUCAAGACCGACAUCCCAUCGUUGGUAGCAUUGAACAUCGAUAAGAAUUUGAUUGGUUCGGCAAUGGCCGGAUCCAUCGGUGGAUUCAACGCUCACGCCUCCAACAUCGUCACUGCACUCUACAUGGCAACCGGUCAAGAUCCAGCUCAGAAUGUCGAGUCUUCCAAUUGUAUCACUUUGAUGGAACCAACCAACGACGGUAAGGAUCUCUACAUUUCCGUAACAAUGCCAUCGAUUGAAGUCGGAACCGUUGGAGGUGGAACCCAUCUUCCAGCACAAGCUGCCUGCCUUGAUUUGCUCAAGGUUCGUGGUGCCAAUGUCGAGCGUCCAGGUUCUAACUCUGAGCAAUUGGCCAGAGUAGUUGCCGGUGCUGUUAUGGCUGGUGAACUUUCCCUGAUGUCCGCACUUGCUGCCGGUCAUUUAGUCCGAAGUCACCUUCAACACAACAGAAAGGCCGAUCCAAAGCCACAGGCUGACACCAUUUCAAUGAGCCACAACCUUCCACAUUCUGAUUAA